CAGUAAUAAAUUAAAGUAGAAAUAAUACAAUUCUGCAGAAAAUAAAAGUAGUAAUUAGUAGAGCGACAAAACAGCUGUUUUACCUGCAAACCAUUUAGUUAUGAAAAUUGGAUUUACACUGAUACCUCCAAGUUCUAGUGUUAUGUCUUUAGAAGUUUUUUAAUAAAAAUAACAUACUAUAAAAUUCAAACAAAGCUCAAUUUCAGCCUCUUUUGAGUUCCCCAAUAACAGUAGCCAGAAAUCACGUGCUCAAAUCACAUGACCACCAUCUCUCCAAAAUUUUCAAGCAUUUACAUGAGUGUGCGUAUGUGUGGAUCCUUUGCCUCGACUCUCUACAUAUGAAUUUAUAUGAAUUUAUAGAAUAUCAUUGAGUAGAUGAUCAAGAUUAAGAUAAGUAUAGCAGCAGUCAAAGUAAGAUCACGUGAUCAGAUCCCCAAAACAAUGUGUUCCAACACGAAAUAUCUUAUUCUAUAAAGCACUAAACUACAGAAGUCUCUCGUCUCUCUCACUUUCUCUUAACUCGCAUCUCAAUCCACGUUUCAGUUCUCAAUAAACAGAACAUACCAAAAACAACUCAAAGAGCUUUUAAGAUUCCUAGGGAACUAUAAGAAGAAAAGUCCGCAAUGAAGAGAUACUUGUCAGUGGCUCUGGUUCUGCUACUUAUAGCUUUCUUUAGCAGCAAGUACAGCGUAGAGGGACGUUCUCUGUCAAGGAUGAAAAAUUCUAGUCAAGCAAUGAGAGAUUUUCAAACAAGGAAGGACAUGAAGGAAGCAAAACCGCUUGUAGGUGAAAAUGAUAGCCUCCGAAGAAGAGUCCCAAGGAGUGGCUCAAACCCUAUACAGAACAAAGUGUUUCUCUUUUGUAUCAAAUGUAAUCCACCAAUAGUUGUUGAAGGAAGUAGGAAACAACAGAUCACAACGGCAAGAAAACCUUAAAUUUUUUAGUACUUUUGCCUUUUUUUCUGGUCUUUUCUUUUUCCUUCUUAGAUCUUUCUUUGUUGUAGAAUAGGUAACUAUGUAAUCUACUUGUAAUAUAUGAACUCAUCUUUUAAUUUUGAGGCAUUCAAUCUUAUGGAAAUAGACUAUAAAACCCCCACUAGCUUAGUGGUAUCUUCAAAUUA